AUGGCGGCUGCUGUCCCGCGAUAUCGUCGCAUUGGCGAUGAGCCCCUGUACUGCGAAGCCGACCCCACUGAGGCCCUUCAUACAGGAUCCGACGACGAAGACUACCCCAACCCCUCUGUUCGGAAGUACAAGUACGAAGCUGCCGCCGUGAGGUUUCUAGAGGGCAAGAAGACCUUCAUCCUAUCAGCAACCCUGCGCGGCCCCUUUGACGAAGCAUCAGGCUGGACCAAUCCUUGGCGAUCCAAAGGCCGCUCCAAGAGUCGUUCGACCUCUUCACACACACCGGGUAGUGGUGCAUCCUACUCCGGCAUCUCGCACUCCGUAGCCAAGCUGCGUUCGAUACGCCACUCUAUAGAGGAUUCCUUCACUCAAAAGGCCACAGCCCACGCAAGUUCUUCCUGUCACCUACCGAGUCCGGAGAGUCUAGAUCGAGCUAUACAACACCCAUACCUUGACGAAGAUGAGCUGGUCAAGCUCGAAAGCUGGAGGAGCAGGGUCGGCCCGGCUAAACCAUCUAUCGACAGAUUUUGGGCGCCUCACCAAGUUUCCUUCGACUCGACCAUGCUCCGCAAGCGACGUGCCCAGGACCCCGGCUGGCUCAAGAGGAGAGCCCCCAAGCGCCAUCGUACUGACGGUGACAUUGACGAUCUCGACGACCUUGACACUGCGUCCAUAUUAGUGCAAGGCUUCGGCAUGAGCCAAAAUAUACAUCAGCCUAUUCUUCCACCACCUGAGGCUGACGUCGAGGACGAACUCAAUAACGACAUGAUGCACAGUUUUGAGAACCACUUUUCACCGGGAAGGAAAUCGCCUACGCGGAUCGGAAUCCUCACCUCACCAACCAAGGCAAACGGCGAGGCUGAUUCAGAUGACGAACUGUCCGGGCCCAGCCAAUCCUCCCAGAAGCCACGCACCUGGCGAGCAGCGUCAAGCCGGUCACAGGUCUCGUCUCGCCGGCAGGCUUCGGAAGCUAGAAGCGUUCAGAGUAACGCCAGCCGCCGGUUCAUCCGACAAGGCACGGCGACGCCAACGGCAAAGACCGUGCCGGUUGUGGACAAGGACGAAGCACCCGAGUUUGAAACACAGCAAGACGACAGCUUUGUAUAUCGCGCGAGGCCAAAGAAGAGAGCUAGUACACCAGGCCCUUUGCCGGCACAGCAACUGACAUCACCCUUGAGCUCGGCUCCUGACGACAUUUCGGACUUCACUUCCCUUGGAUCGCACGAGCACGACGCACCGUCUGUUAACAAUAACGUAGCGAUGGAGCUCUCAUCCGCAGCGGAAGAGAAGGUGGACCAGGCCAAUGCUGAGAUUCCAUCGGCAGAACAGCCGCAGUCGCAGCAAACAGCCAGACUUCCACAAACCGAUGACGAACAGGCUUUGGGCAACAUGAUCGACGAUGUGAGCUUGAACAGCUCCGACAGCGAAUUUGAUGACGCAAUUUCUGCUGAUGAAGUCAUACCAUCCUCGCAACCGGCAUUCGACUCGAGUACCCUGAUUGAGUCUACAUUUCUCGAAUCUGCAAAGCGAUAUUCGAAACCUGAGAGGACCGCUGUACAGAGUAUUGAGAAUGAUGACACUGUGUGUAUGGACGAGAAUGAGCCUGAACAAACAUUGGAGGAAACUACAGCUUCGGAAAAGAACAAGGAAUCAGAUCAACCGCCAGAAACUCGCGAUGGGCCAAGCGUGUCACUCCAGCCAACCGUGCUGGCGGUGGCAAACAAAGCAAUCACCUCAGCAGCUGUUCAGGCACAAGAAUGUGCCGCAGAUGACGUUGUGGCGAAGUGCGACAUGGAAAGCCAUUUGACAACUAACCAUUCAGGCCUUCCGGUCGUUGAAGCUUCCUCGUCCUUUGUUGAACGGCACGAGAGCGCUAUAAGAUCGGAGGAAUGCUCAGAACGAGCUCGCUCGCCUGUGUCUUCAAUAGAAUCUCAGACCGAGCGGGCUGUCGAAGAAAUGGCCGAUUUGGAUAGCCUGACGCAGUGUCACGAAACCCCCUCAGGCGGAACAUUUCCUCCCUCACAGCAAAGUCCCUGGAAUGGAGGAGAUGUCACCCCAAUGCAAGCGACUGUCAAGUCGCACACUUUCGUGGGCCUGCUUCAAGGCGGAAGCCCCGCUCCACGAGGUUCGCAACAGACCCCUUGGAAGGUCGAUGAAGAUCACACACGUCCAGCCCUCAUAGACGCUGCAUAUCCAGACAUGAUACCAAAAGAGACCCCAUCGACACCGUAUUCUGGACUAGACCAACUGCGCAAGGCGGCCAUGAGUGCGUUCAAAACGGCUGGUCUUAGCAUUAUGGGCUCUUUCACGCAAGAAGCACAGAACUUGACCGAGCGGGAGGCGGAUUCGACAGUGUCGGGGGAGACAGGCAGCCUGCAUACUGCGCCCUCGACGCCACUUCCGAGGCAGGAAGAACCGGUUCUAUCGACUGUGCCAUUCACUCUGAAGCCUUUCGCCGACUUCACGUCGCCUGAGCAGCCGGCCCCGGCGCAAGUCACGCAGCGCAAGGAUUUCCGGCGGCCACUUGCCCAGCACGCAGAGCAUCCUUCUAGACGCGAACCUCAACCCGUGGGGCAGCUCACCGCGUUCCAACAAGCGUGUUUCUUGGGGAAUCCUGCCCAAGGAGUCUGCAGACGCCAGCAGCCGCGCCGACGAGACGCCUACCUCGGCGCGCCGGGCUGUGUCUCCGCCACCAGAACAGGCGCUCGACGACCUGCCGACGAGCCAGAUUGA